AUGGUAAUAUGUAGUUGUCCACCACCAAUCGAUGUGAAUGCAACCGUACUCCCACCAGUAUCGCAAAACUGUUUCGACAUCAGGCCUUGCUGUAAGAUCAACGUCACAUACGACGACCAAUUUUGCGAAAGCGAGACGAACAAACUACUUUGUGCUUUGACCUGCGCCCCAUUUAAUAGUACAUGCUAUCACGAACCGAAACGACCGCCCAGUGGUAAGAACAGUAAAAACUGCAUUUAUAAGAGCUAUACACCUUUUAAAUCAUAUAAAACAAAGUAGCAAACCAAAAAAAUAAAUUACUCCUUUAGAUUGCAGAGACUUCUUUACCACAUGCGCCACAGAUCCAUAUCUUGAUUGCUCCGACCCGAAAAACCAAGAGAACUGUCGUGUAACCUGUAAUACAUGUUACAACGAAACCACGUUAGAACAAAUGUGCGGAGCACCAACACCAACGCCGCCUACUGACACUUCACCAUGGCCAUCAAGCACAGAGUACUCAUCGAGCUCACCAACGUCUAGUCCAUCGACCUCAGAACAUUCAAGUCCAUCGACCUCAGAACAUUCAAGUCCAUCGACAUCAGAAAGCCCGUCUAGCUCAUCAUCAGCUAGCCCAUCGACCUCUGAACAUUCAAGUCCAUCGACAUCAGAAAGCCCGUCUAGCUCAUCAUCAUCAGCUAGUCCAUCGACCUCUGAACAUUCAAGUCCAUCCACCUCUGAACAUUCAAGUCCAUCGACGUCAGAAAGCCCGUCUAGCUCAUCAUCAGCUAGCCCAUCGACCUCUGAACAUUCAAGUCCAUCGACAUCAGAAAGCCCGUCUAGCUCAUCAUCAGCUAGUCCGUCGACCUCUGAACAUUCAAGUCCAUCGACGUCAGAAAUCCCGUCUAGCUCAUCAUCAGCUAGUCCGUCGACCUCUGAACAUUCAAGUCCAUCGACGUCAGAAAUCCCGUCUAGCUCAUCAUCAGCUAGUCCGUCGACCUCUGAACAUUCAAGUCCAUCGACAUCAGAAAGCCCGUCUAGCUCAUCAUCAGCUAGCCCAUCAACCUCUGAACAUUCAAGUCCAUCCACCUCUGAACAUUCAAGUCCAUCGACGUCAGAAAGCCCGUCUAGCUCAUCAUCAGCUAGCCCAUCGACCUCUGAACAUUCAAGUCCAUCGACAUCAGAAAGCCCGUCUAGCUCAUCAUCAGCUAGUCCGUCGACCUCUGAACAUUCAAGUCCAUCGACAUCAGAAAGCCCGUCUAGCUCAUCAUCAGCUAGUCCGUCGACCUCUGAACAUUCAAGUCCAUCGACAUCAGAAAGCCCGUCUAGCUCAUCAUCAGCUAGCCCAUCAACCUCUGAACAUUCAAGUCCAUCGACGUCAGAAAGCCCGUCUAGGUCAUCAUCAGCUAGCCCAUCGACCUCUGAACAUUCAAGUCCAUCGACAUCAGAAAGCCCGUCUAGCUCAUCAUCAGCUAGUCCAUCGACGUCAGAAAUCCCGUCUAGCUCAUCAUCAGCUAGUCCAUCGACCUCUGAACAUUCAAGUCCAUCGACGUCAGAAAGCCCGUCUAGCUCAUCAUCAGCUAGUCCGUCGACCUCUGAACAUUCAAGUCCAUCGACAUCAGAAAGCCCGUCUAGCUCAUCAUCAGCUAGCCCAUCAACCUCUGAACAUUCAAGUCCAUCGACGUCAGAAAGCCCGUCUAGCUCAUCAUCAGCUAGUCCAUCGACGUCAGAAAUCCCGUCUAGCUCAUCAUCAGCUAGUCCGUCGACCUCUGAACAUUCAAGUCCAUCGACAUCAGAAAUCCCGUCUAGCUCAUCAUCAGCUAGUCCGUCGACCUCUGAACAUUCAAGUCCAUCGACAUCAGAAAGCCCGUCUAGCUCAUCAUCAGCUAGCCCAUCAACCUCUGAACAUUCAAGUCCAUCCACCUCUGAACAUUCAAGUCCAUCCACCUCUGAACAUUCAAGUCCAUCCACCUCUGAACAUUCAAGUCCAUCCACCUCUGAACAUUCAAGUCCAUCGACAUCAGAAAGCCCGUCUAGCUCAUCAUCAGCUAGUCCGUCGACCUCUGAACAUUCAAGUCCAUCGACAUCAGAAAUCCCGUCUAGCUCAUCAUCAGCUAGUCCAUCGACCUCUGAACAUUCAAGUCCAUCGACGUCAGAAAUCCCGUCUAGCUCAUCAUCAGCUAGUCCGUCGACCUCUGAACAUUCAAGUCCAUCGACGUCAGAAAGCCCGUCUAGCUCAUCAUCAGCUAGUCCGUCGACCUCUAAACAUUCAAGUCCAUCGACGUCAAAAAGCCCGUCUAGCUCAUCAUCAGCUAGCCCAUCAACCUCUGAACAUUCAAGUCCAUCCACCUCUGAACAUUCAAGUCCAUCGACGUCAGAAAGCCCGUCUAGCUCAUCAUCAGCUAGUCCGUCGACCUCUGAACAUUCAAGUCCAUCGACGUCAGAAAGCCCGUCUAGCUCAUCAUCAGCUAGUCCAUCGACGUCAGAAAUCCCGUCUAGCUCAUCAUCAGCUAGUCCGUCGACCUCUGAACAUUCAAGUCCAUCGACGUCAGAAAGCCCGUCUAGCUCAUCAUCAGCUAGUCCAUCAACGUCAGAAAUCCCGUCUAGCUCAUCAUCAGCUAGUCCAUCGACAUCUGAACAUUCAAGUCCAUCAACCUCUAAACAUUCAAGUCCAUCGACCUCUGAACAUUCAAGUCCAUCGACAUCAGAAAGCCCGUCUAGCUCAUCAUCAGCUAGUCCAUCGACCUCUGAACAUUCAAGUCCAUCGACGUCAGAAAUCCCGUCUAGCUCAUCAUCAGCUAGUCCGUCGACCUCUGAACAUUCAAGUCCAUCGACGUCAAAAAGCCCGUCUAGCUCAUCAUCAGCUAGCCCAUCAACCUCUGAACAUUCAAGUCCAUCGACAUCAGAAAGCCCGUCUAGCUCAUCAUCAGCUAGUCCGUCGACCUCUGAACAUUUAAGUCCAUCGACGUCAGAAAGCCCGUCUAGCUCAUCAUCAGCUAGUCCGUCGACCUCUGAACAUUCAAGUCCAUCGACGUCAGAAAGCCCGUCUAGCUCAUCAUCAGCUAGUCCAUCGACGUCAGAAAUCCCGUCUAGCUCAUCAUCAGCUAGUCCGUCGACCUCUGAACAUUCAAGUCCAUCGACGUCAGAAAGCCCGUCUAGCUCAUCAUCAGCUAGUCCGUCGACCUCUGAACAUUCAAGUCCAUCGACGUCAGAAAGCCCGUCUAGCUCAUCAUCAGCUAGUCCAUCGACGUCAGAAAUCCCGUCUAGCUCAUCAUCAGCUAGUCCAUCGACGUCAGAAAUCCCGUCUAGCUCAUCAUCAGCUAGUCCGUCGACCUCUGAACAUUCAAGUCCAUCGACAUCAGAAAGCCCGUCUAGCUCAUCAUCAGCUAGUCCGUCGACCUCUGAACAUUCAAGUCCAUCGACGUCAGAAAGCCCGUCUAGCUCAUCAUCAGCUAGCCCAUCAACCUCUGAACAUUCAAGUCCAUCGACGUCAGAAAGCCCGUCUAGCUCAUCAUCAGCUAGCCCAUCAACCUCUGAACAUUCAAGUCCAUCCACCUCUGAACAUUCAGGUCCAUCGACAUCAGAAAGCCCGUCUAGCUCAUCAUCAGCUAGUCCGUCGACCUCUGAACAUUCAAGUCCAUCGACAUCAGAAAGCCCGUCUAGCUCAUCAUCAGCUAGUCCGUCGACCUCUGAACAUUUAAGUCCAUCGACGUCAGAAAGCCCGUCUAGCUCAUCAUCAGCUAGUCCGUCGACCUCUGAACAUUCAAGUCCAUCGACGUCAGAAAGCCCGUCUAGCUCAUCAUCAGCUAGUCCAUCGACGUCAGAAAUCCCGUCUAGCUCAUCAUCAGCUAGUCCGUCGACCUCUGAACAUUCAAGUCCAUCGACGUCAGAAAGCCCGUCUAGCUCAUCAUCAGCUAGUCCGUCGACCUCUGAACAUUCAAGUCCAUCGACGUCAGAAAGCCCGUCUAGCUCAUCAUCAGCUAGCCCAUCGACGUCAGAAAUCCCGUCUAGCUCAUCAUCAGCUAGCCCAUCAACCUCUGAACAUUCAAGUCCAUCGACGUCAGAAAGCCCGUCUAGCUCAUCAUCAGCUAGCCCAUCAACCUCUGAACAUUCAAGUCCAUCCACCUCUGAACAUUCAGGUCCAUCGACAUCAGAAAGCCCGUCUAGCUCAUCAUCAGCUAGUCCGUCGACCUCUGAACAUUCAAGUCCAUCGACAUCAGAAAGCCCGUCUAGCUCAUCAUCAGCUAGUCCAUCGACCUCUGAACAUUCAAGUCCAUCGACGUCAGAAAGCCCGUCUAGCUCAUCAUCAGCUAGCCCAUCAACCUCUGAACAUUCAAGUCCAUCCACCUCUGAACAUUCAAGUCCAUCCACCUCUGAACAUUCAAGUCCAUCGACAUCAGAAAGCCCGUCUAGCUCAUCAUCAGCUAGUCCAUCGACGUCCGAAAUCCCGUCUAGCUCAUCAUCAGCUAGUCCAUCGACCUCUGAACAUUCAAGUCCAUCGACGUCAGAAAGCCCGUCUAGCUCAUCAUCAGCUAGUCCAUCGACGUCAGAAAUCCCGUCUAGCUCAUCAUCAGCUAGUCCAUCAACCUCUGAACAUUCAAGUCCAUCGACGUCAGAAAGCCCGUCUAGCUCAUCAUCAGCUAGUCCAUCGACGUCAGAAAUCCCGUCUAGCUCAUCAUCAGCUAGUCCGUCGACCUCUAAACAUUCAAGUCCAUCCACCUCUGAACAUUCAAGUCCAUCGACAUCAGAAAGCCCGUCUAGCUCAUCAUCAGCUAGUCCAUCGACGUCAGAAAUCCCGUCUAGCUCAUCAUCAGCUAGUCCGUCGACCUCUGAACAUUCAAGUCCAUCGACGUCAGAAAGCCCGUCUAGCUCAUCAUCAGCUAGUCCAUCGACAUCAGAAAGCCCGUCUAGCUCAUCGUCAGCUAGUCCAUCCACCUCUGAACAUUCAAGUCCAUCAACCUCUGAACAUUCAAGUCCAUCAACCUCUGAACAUUCAAGUCCAUCGACGUCAGAAAGCCCGUCUAGCUCAUCAUCAGCUAGUCCGUCGACCUCUGAACAUUCAAGUCCAUCGACAUCAGAAAGCCCGUCUAGCUCAUCAUCAGCUAGCCCAUCGACCUCUGAACAUUCAAGUCCAUCGACAUCAGAAAGCCCGUCUAGCUCAUCAUCAGCUAGUCCGUCGACCUCUGAACAUUCAAGUCCAUCGACAUCAGAAAGCCCGUCUAGCUCAUCAUCAGCUAGUCCGUCGACCUCUGAACAUUCAAGUCCAUCGACAUCAGAAAGCCCGUCUAGCUCAUCAUCAGCUAGUCCGUCGACCUCUGAACAUUCAAGUCCAUCGACAUCAGAAAGCCCGUCUAGCUCAUCAUCAGCUAGUCCGUCGACCUCUGAACAUUCAAGUCCAUCGACAUCAGAAAGCCCGUCUAGCUCAUCAUCAGCUAGUCCGUCGACCUCUGAACAUUCAAGUCCAUCCACCUCUGAACAUUCAAGUCCAUCGACAUCAGAAAGCCCGUCUAGCUCAUCAUCAGCUAGUCCAUCGACGUCCGAAAUCCCGUCUAGCUCAUCAUCAGCUAGUCCAUCGACCUCUGAACAUUCAAGUCCAUCGACGUCAGAAAGCCCGUCUAGCUCAUCAUCAGCUAGUCCAUCGACGUCAGAAAUCCCGUCUAGCUCAUCAUCAGCUAGUCCAUCAACCUCUGAACAUUCAAGUCCAUCGACGUCAGAAAGCCCGUCUAGCUCAUCAUCAGCUAGUCCAUCGACGUCAGAAAUCCCGUCUAGCUCAUCAUCAGCUAGUCCGUCGACCUCUAAACAUUCAAGUCCAUCCACCUCUGAACAUUCAAGUCCAUCGACAUCAGAAAUCCCGUCUAGCUCAUCAUCAGCUAGUCCAUCGACGUCAGAAAUCCCGUCUAGCUCAUCAUCAGCUAGUCCGUCGACCUCUGAACAUUCAAGUCCAUCGACGUCAGAAAGCCCGUCUAGCUCAUCAUCAGCUAGUCCAUCGACAUCAGAAAGCCCGUCUAGCUCAUCGUCAGCUAGUCCAUCCACCUCUGAACAUUCAAGUCCAUCAACCUCUGAACAUUCAAGUCCAUCAACCUCUGAACAUUCAAGUCCAUCGACGUCAGAAAGCCCGUCUAGCUCAUCAUCAGCUAGUCCGUCGACCUCUGAACAUUCAAGUCCAUCGACAUCAGAAAGCCCGUCUAGCUCAUCAUCAGCUAGCCCAUCGACCUCUGAACAUUCAAGUCCAUCGACAUCAGAAAGCCCGUCUAGCUCAUCAUCAGCUAGUCCGUCGACCUCUGAACAUUCAAGUCCAUCGACAUCAGAAAGCCCGUCUAGCUCAUCAUCAGCUAGUCCGUCGACCUCUGAACAUUCAAGUCCAUCGACAUCAGAAAGCCCGUCUAGCUCAUCAUCAGCUAGUCCGUCGACCUCUGAACAUUCAAGUCCAUCGACAUCAGAAAGCCCGUCUAGCUCAUCAUCAGCUAGUCCGUCGACCUCUGAACAUUCAAGUCCAUCGACAUCAGAAAGCCCGUCUAGCUCAUCAUCAGCUAGUCCGUCGACCUCUGAACAUUCAAGUCCAUCCACCUCUGAACAUUCAAGUCCAUCGACAUCAGAAAGCCCGUCUAGCUCAUCAUCAGCUAGCCCAUCGACCUCUGAACAUUCAAGUCCAUCGACAUCAGAAAGCCCGUCUAGCUCAUCAUCAGCUAGUCCAUCGACCUCUGAACAUUCAAGUCCAUCAACCUCUGAACAUUCAAGUCCAUCGACGUCAGAAAGCCCGUCUAGCUCAUCAUCAGCUAGUCCAUCGACGUCAGAAAUCCCGUCUAGCUCAUCAUCAGCUAGUCCAUCGACCUCUGAACAUUCAAGUCCAUCGACAUCAGAAAGCCCGUCUAGCUCAUCAUCAGCUAGUCCAUCGACCUCUGAACAUUCAAGUCCAUCGACGUCAGAAAGCCCGUCUAGCUCAUCAUCAGCUAGUCCAUCGACCUCUGAACAUUCAAGUCCAUCAACCUCUGAACAUUCAAGUCCAUCAACCUCUGAACAUUCAAGUCCAUCGACAUCAAAAAGCCCGUCUAGCUCAUCAUCAGCUAGUCCAUCGACAUCAGAAAGCCCGUCUAGCUCAUCAUCAGCUAGCCCAUCGACCUCUGAACAUUCAAGUCCAUCGACAUCAGAAAGCCCGUCUAGCUCAUCAUCAGCUAGUCCAUCGACCUCUGAACAUUCAAGUCCAUCGACGUCAGAAAGCCCGUCUAGCUCAUCAUCAGCUAGUCCAUCGACAUCUGAACAUUCAAGUCCAUCAACCUCUGAACAUUCAAGUCCAUCAACCUCUGAACAUUCAAGUCCAUCGACAUCAAAAAGCCCGUCUAGCUCAUCAUCAGCUAGUCCAUCGACGUCAGAAAGCCCGUCUAGCUCAUCAUCAGCUAGUCCAUCGACCUCUGAACAUUCAAGUCCAUCCACCUCUGAACAUUCAAGUCCAUCGACAUCAGAAAGCCCGUCUAGCUCAUCAUCAGCUAGUCCAUCGACGUCAGAAAUCCCGUCUAGCUCAUCAUCAGCUAGUCCAUCGACCUCUGAACAUUCAAGUCCAUCGACGUCAGAAAGCCCGUCUAGCUCAUCAUCAGCUAGUCCGUCGACCUCUGAACAUUCAAAUCCAUCGACAUCAGAAAGCCCGUCUAGCUCAUCAUCAGCUAGCCCAUCGACCUCUGAACAUUCAAGUCCAUCGACAUCAGAAAGCCCGUCUAGCUCAUCAUCAGCUAGUCCGUCGACCUCUGAACAUUCAAGUCCAUCGACAUCAGAAAGCCCGUCUAGCUCAUCAUCAGCUAGUCCAUCGACAUCAGAAAGCCCGUCUAGCUCAUCAUCAGCUAGCCCAUCGACCUCUGAACAUUCAAGUCCAUCGACGUCAGAAAUCCCGUCUAGCUCAUCAUCAGCUAGUCCGUCGACCUCUAAACAUUCAAGUCCAUCCACCUCUGAACAUUCAAGUCCAUCGACAUCAGAAAGCCCGUCUAGCUCAUCAUCAGCUAGUCCAUCGACGUCAGAAAUCCCGUCUAGCUCAUCAUCAGCUAGUCCGUCGACCUCUGAACAUUCAAGUCCAUCGACGUCAGAAAGCCCGUCUAGCUCAUCAUCAGCUAGUCCAUCGACAUCAGAAAGCCCGUCUAGCUCAUCGUCAGCUAGUCCAUCCACCUCUGAACAUUCAAGUCCAUCAACCUCUGAACAUUCAAGUCCAUCAACCUCUGAACAUUCAAGUCCAUCGACGUCAGAAAGCCCGUCUAGCUCAUCAUCAGCUAGUCCGUCGACCUCUGAACAUUCAAGUCCAUCGACAUCAGAAAGCCCGUCUAGCUCAUCAUCAGCUAGCCCAUCGACCUCUGAACAUUCAAGUCCAUCGACAUCAGAAAGCCCGUCUAGCUCAUCAUCAGCUAGUCCGUCGACCUCUGAACAUUCAAGUCCAUCGACAUCAGAAAGCCCGUCUAGCUCAUCAUCAGCUAGUCCGUCGACCUCUGAACAUUCAAGUCCAUCGACAUCAGAAAGCCCGUCUAGCUCAUCAUCAGCUAGUCCGUCGACCUCUGAACAUUCAAGUCCAUCGACAUCAGAAAGCCCGUCUAGCUCAUCAUCAGCUAGUCCGUCGACCUCUGAACAUUCAAGUCCAUCGACAUCAGAAAGCCCGUCUAGCUCAUCAUCAGCUAGUCCGUCGACCUCUGAACAUUCAAGUCCAUCCACCUCUGAACAUUCAAGUCCAUCGACAUCAGAAAGCCCGUCUAGCUCAUCAUCAGCUAGUCCAUCGACGUCAGAAAUCCCGUCUAGCUCAUCAUCAGCUAGUCCGUCGACCUCUGAACAUUCAAGUCCAUCGACGUCAGAAAGCCCGUCUAGCUCAUCAUCAGCUAGUCCAUCGACAUCAGAAAGCCCGUCUAGCUCAUCGUCAGCUAGUCCAUCCACCUCUGAACAUUCAAGUCCAUCAACCUCUGAACAUUCAAGUCCAUCAACCUCUGAACAUUCAAGUCCAUCGACGUCAGAAAGCCCGUCUAGCUCAUCAUCAGCUAGUCCGUCGACCUCUGAACAUUCAAGUCCAUCGACAUCAGAAAGCCCGUCUAGCUCAUCAUCAGCUAGCCCAUCGACCUCUGAACAUUCAAGUCCAUCGACAUCAGAAAGCCCGUCUAGCUCAUCAUCAGCUAGUCCGUCGACCUCUGAACAUUCAAGUCCAUCGACAUCAGAAAGCCCGUCUAGCUCAUCAUCAGCUAGUCCGUCGACCUCUGAACAUUCAAGUCCAUCGACAUCAGAAAGCCCGUCUAGCUCAUCAUCAGCUAGUCCGUCGACCUCUGAACAUUCAAGUCCAUCGACAUCAGAAAGCCCGUCUAGCUCAUCAUCAGCUAGUCCGUCGACCUCUGAACAUUCAAGUCCAUCGACAUCAGAAAGCCCGUCUAGCUCAUCAUCAGCUAGUCCGUCGACCUCUGAACAUUCAAGUCCAUCGACAUCAGAAAGCCCGUCUAGCUCAUCAUCAGCUAGUCCGUCGACCUCUGAACAUUCAAGUCCAUCCACCUCUGAACAUUCAAGUCCAUCGACAUCAGAAAGCCCGUCUAGCUCAUCAUCAGCUAGCCCAUCGACCUCUGAACAUUCAAGUCCAUCGACAUCAGAAAGCCCGUCUAGCUCAUCAUCAGCUAGCCCAUCGACCUCUGAACAUUCAAGUCCAUCGACAUCAGAAAGCCCGUCUAGCUCAUCAUCAGCUAGUCCAUCGACCUCUGAACAUUCAAGUCCAUCAACCUCUGAACAUUCAAGUCCAUCAACCUCUGAACAUUCAAGUCCAUCGACGUCAGAAAGCCCGUCUAGCUCAUCAUCAGCUAGUCCAUCGACGUCAGAAAUCCCGUCUAGCUCAUCAUCAGCUAGUCCAUCGACCUCUGAACAUUCAAGUCCAUCGACAUCAGAAAGCCCGUCUAGCUCAUCAUCAGCUAGUCCAUCGACCUCUGAACAUUCAAGUCCAUCGACGUCAGAAAGCCCGUCUAGCUCAUCAUCAGCUAGUCCAUCGACCUCUGAACAUUCAAGUCCAUCAACCUCUGAACAUUCAAGUCCAUCAACCUCUGAACAUUCAAGUCCAUCGACAUCAAAAAGCCCGUCUAGCUCAUCAUCAGCUAGUCCAUCGACAUCAGAAAGCCCGUCUAGCUCAUCAUCAGCUAGCCCAUCGACCUCUGAACAUUCAAGUCCAUCGACAUCAGAAAGCCCGUCUAGCUCAUCAUCAGCUAGUCCAUCGACCUCUGAACAUUCAAGUCCAUCGACGUCAGAAAGCCCGUCUAGCUCAUCAUCAGCUAGUCCAUCGACAUCUGAACAUUCAAGUCCAUCAACCUCUGAACAUUCAAGUCCAUCCACCUCUGAACAUUCAAGUCCAUCGACAUCAGAAAGCCCGUCUAGCUCAUCAUCAGCUAGCCCAUCGACCUCUGAACAUUCAAGUCCAUCGACAUCAGAAAGCCCGUCUAGCUCAUCAUCAGCUAGUCCAUCGACCUCUGAACAUUCAAGUCCAUCGACGUCAGAAAGCCCGUCUAGCUCAUCAUCAGCUAGUCCAUCGACCUCUGAACAUUCAAGUCCAUCAACCUCUGAACAUUCAAGUCCAUCAACCUCUGAACAUUCAAGUCCAUCGACAUCAAAAAGCCCGUCUAGCUCAUCAUCAGCUAGUCCAUCGACAUCAGAAAGCCCGUCUAGCUCAUCAUCAGCUAGCCCAUCGACCUCUGAACAUUCAAGUCCAUCGACAUCAGAAAGCCCGUCUAGCUCAUCAUCAGCUAGUCCAUCGACCUCUGAACAUUCAAGUCCAUCGACGUCAGAAAGCCCGUCUAGCUCAUCAUCAGCUAGUCCAUCGACAUCUGAACAUUCAAGUCCAUCAACCUCUGAACAUUCAAGUCCAUCCACCUCUGAACAUUCAAGUCCAUCGACGUCAGAAAGCCCGUCUAGCUCAUCAUCAGCUAGUCCGUCGACCUCUGAACAUUCAAGUCCAUCGACGUCAGAAAGCCCGUCUAGCUCAUCAUCAGCUAGUCCAUCGACGUCAGAAAUCCCGUCUAGCUCAUCAUCAGCUAGUCCGUCGACCUCUGAACAUUCAAGUCCAUCGACGUCAGAAAGCCCGUCUAGCUCAUCAUCAGCUAGUCCAUCGACGUCAGAAAUCCCGUCUAGCUCAUCAUCAGCUAGUCCAUCGACAUCUGAACAUUCAAGUCCAUCAACCUCUAAACAUUCAAGUCCAUCGACCUCUGAACAUUCAAGUCCAUCGACAUCAGAAAGCCCGUCUAGCUCAUCAUCAGCUAGUCCAUCGACAUCUGAACAUUCAAGUCCAUCAACCUCUGAACAUUCAAGUCCAUCCACCUCUGAACAUUCAAGUCCAUCGACAUCAGAAAGCCCGUCUAGCUCAUCAUCAGCUAGUCCAUCGACCUCUGAACAUUCAAGUCCAUCGACGUCAGAAAGCCCGUCUAGCUCAUCAUCAGCUAGUCCAUCGACCUCUGAACAUUCAAGUCCAUCCACCUCUGAACAUUCAAGUCCAUCGACAUCAGAAAGCCCGUCUAGCUCAUCAUCAGCUAGUCCAUCGACGUCAGAAAUCCCGUCUAGCUCAUCAUCAGCUAGUCCAUCGACCUCUGAACAUUCAAGUCCAUCGACGUCAGAAAGCCCGUCUAGCUCAUCAUCAGCUAGUCCGUCGACCUCUGAACAUUCAAAUCCAUCGACAUCAGAAAGCCCGUCUAGCUCAUCAUCAGCUAGCCCAUCGACCUCUGAACAUUCAAGUCCAUCGACAUCAGAAAGCCCGUCUAGCUCAUCAUCAGCUAGUCCGUCGACCUCUGAACAUUCAAGUCCAUCGACAUCAGAAAGCCCGUCUAGCUCAUCAUCAGCUAGUCCAUCGACCUCUGAACAUUCAAGUCCAUCGACGUCAGAAAGCCCGUCUAGCUCAUCAUCAGCUAGUCCGUCGACCUCUGAACAUUCAAAUCCAUCGACAUCAGAAAGCCCGUCUAGCUCAUCAUCAGCUAGCCCAUCGACCUCUGAACAUUCAAGUCCAUCGACAUCAGAAAGCCCGUCUAGCUCAUCAUCAGCUAGCCCAUCGACCUCUGAACAUUCAAGUCCAUCGACAUCAGAAAGCCCGUCUAGCUCAUCAUCAGCUAGUCCAUCGACCUCUGAACAUUCAAGUCCAUCGACGUCAGAAAGCCCGUCUAGCUCAUCAUCAGCUAGUCCAUCGACAUCUGAACAUUCAAGUCCAUCAACCUCUGAACAUUCAAGUCCAUCAACCUCUGAACAUUCAAGUCCAUCGACAUCAAAAAGCCCGUCUAGCUCAUCAUCAGCUAGUCCAUCGACGUCAGAAAGCCCGUCUAGCUCAUCAUCAGCUAGUCCAUCGACCUCUGAACAUUCAAGUCCAUCCACCUCUGAACAUUCAAGUCCAUCAACAUCAGAAAGCCCGUCUAGCUCAUCAUCAGCUAGUCCAUCGACGUCAGAAAUCCCGUCUAGCUCAUCAUCAGCUAGUCCAUCGACCUCUGAACAUUCAAGUCCAUCGACGUCAGAAAGCCCGUCUAGCUCAUCAUCAGCUAGUCCGUCGACCUCUGAACAUUCAAAUCCAUCGACAUCAGAAAGCCCGUCUAGCUCAUCAUCAGCUAGCCCAUCGACCUCUGAACAUUCAAGUCCAUCGACAUCAGAAAGCCCGUCUAGCUCAUCAUCAGCUAGUCCGUCGACCUCUGAACAUUCAAGUCCAUCGACAUCAGAAAGCCCGUCUAGCUCAUCAUCAGCUAGUCCAUCGACAUCAGAAAGCCCGUCUAGCUCAUCAUCAGCUAGUCCAUCCACCUCUGAACAUUCAAGUCCAUCAACCUCUGAACAUUCAAGUCCAUCAACCUCUGAACAUUCAAGUCCAUCGACAUCAAAAAGCCCGUCUAGCUCAUCAUCAGCUAGUCCAUCGACGUCAGAAAGCCCGUCUAGCUCAUCAUCAGCUAGUCCAUCGACCUCUGAACAUUCAAGUCCAUCCACCUCUGAACAUUCAAGUCCAUCGACAUCAGAAAGCCCGUCUAGCUCAUCAUCAGCUAGUCCAUCGACGUCAGAAAUCCCGUCUAGCUCAUCAUCAGCUAGUCCAUCGACCUCUGAACAUUCAAGUCCAUCGACGUCAGAAAGCCCGUCUAGCUCAUCAUCAGCUAGUCCGUCGACCUCUGAACAUUCAAGUCCAUCGACAUCAGAAAGCCCGUCUAGCUCAUCAUCAGCUAGUCCGUCGACCUCUGAACAUUCAAAUCCAUCGACAUCAGAAAGCCCGUCUAGCUCAUCAUCAGCUAGCCCAUCGACCUCUGAACAUUCAAGUCCAUCGACAUCAGAAAGCCCGUCUACCUCAUCAUCAGCUAGUCCAUCCACCUUUGAACAUUCAAGUCCAUCGACGUCAGAAAGCCCGUCUAGCUCAUCAUCAGCUAGUCCAUCGACCUCUGAACAUUCAAGUCCAUCGACGUCAGAAAGCCCGUCUAGCUCAUCAUCAGCUAGUCCAUCGACCUCUGAACAUUCAAGUCCAUCGACAUCAGAAAGCCCGUCUACCUCAUCAUCAGCUAGUCCAUCCACCUCUGAACAUUCAAGUCCAUCGACGUCAGAAAGCCCGUUUAGCUCAUCAUCAGCUAGUCCAUCCACCUCUGAACAUUCAAGUCCAUCAACCUCUGAACAUUCAAGUCCAUCAACAUCAGAAAGCCCGUCUAGCUCAUCAUCAGCUAGUCCAUCCACCUCUGAACAUUCAAGUCCAUCAACCUCUGAACAUUCAAGUCCAUCGACAUCAAAAAGCCCGUCUAGCUCAUCGUCAGCUAGUCCAUCCACCUCUGAACAUCCAAGUCCAUCAACCUCUGAACAUUCAAGUCCAUCAACCUCUGAACAUUCAAGUCCAUCAACAUCAGAAAGCCCGUCUAGCUCAUCAUCAGCUAGUCCAUCCACCUCUGAACAUUCAAGUCCAUCAACCUCUGAACAUUCAAGUCCAUCAACCUCUGAACAUUCAAGUCCAUCGACAUCAAAAAGCCCGUCUAGCUCAUCAUCAGCUAGUCCAUCGACGUCAGAAAGCCCGUCUAGCUCAUCAUCAGCUAGUCCAUCGACCUCUGAACAUUCAAGUCCAUCGACGUCAGAAAGCCCGUCUAGCUCAUCAUCAGCUAGUCCGUCGACCUCUGAACAUUCAAGUCCAUCAACCUCUGAACAUUCAAGUCCAUCAACCUCUGAACAUUCAAGUCCAUCGACAUCAGAAAGCCCAUUUAGCUCAUCAUCAGCUAGUCCAUCAACCUCUGAAGUUUCGUCUACUACAGCCUCAAUUCCUGUUUCAACCACUUCAGCUGAUCCGCAUUGUUAUGCAGAAUGUUUCGACAACAACGAGUGUUGUAAAUUGUGGAAAGAUCAGUGUUCUUCGCCAGCUAUAG